AAAAAAAUUUCUCUCCCCAAAACCCUUAAUGCAUCUCUGCUCUCUCUCCCUUACCCCAACCUCAGCUUCCGGCGAAGCCACGACGGCCCACUGCACCAGAACGGAGACGCGCCCACCCGCCCACUAUCACCAACAGUGCCGACGCCCACCAUCGGGUGCUUCUUUCACCACGCUCCUCUCUCUCUCUCUCGCGAGACCCACUGAAAGACACCACCACCGGCGAUAUAUCUGCGACUGAGGUUGCAGAAAUCAAAUUGGUGUCUUGUUGUUGUAGCUGAAAGUUUGGGUGAUUCUCUUCCAAUGAAGUCAGAACCAGAAUACACCAAAUCGCAAGUAACGGAGAACCUGGAGACCCCGAUAAAGAAAAAGAAGAAAAAGCACCGAGCCCCACCAACACCACCGCCAUUGCCACCGGUCCAAGGCAAAGCCAACGUGAAAGUCCUUCACGAGAACCCACAGAAAGCGCCGCCUUUUGUUGGUUACUUCUCCUCCGGUUAUGACCCCCUCAAAGAUUACGGCGGGAACAAUUCUGAGGAAAGUCAUGGUAUUGGGUCACCUAGGGUUAGGGUUUAUCGAAGCCAGAAGUGGCCCAGGAGGGUCCAGAUGGUGGUGAGCCCAUCUCCUUCUAGUGUGGAUUUCGUUGGAACCAACUACUCUGGGGAUGCCACGAUUGGCCAGCGGUAUAAGUACGCGCUUGGGGUGUUUGACAAGGAGAGCCAGAGCUUAAAGAUUGUGCCUGUUGCCUGUGACAGGGUAUUUAGACUAGAACCUAAAGUCAGAGGGUUAGAUGUUGCUGAUGAGGAACCUGAAAGCUCAGUGAAGGAAGAAAUUGCACCACAGAAGGCUGACAAGAUGCAAGCGCUUACUAUUCGUUUUGGAACAAAGAAGUCAAUAAAGGAGGCAAAAAAGAGGCACUCUUUGAACCAAGAAGAUAAUCCCAAAACUCAAGAGGUGCUGGGUGAGAGAAUCAAAGAAGUAAAGAUAAAAAAGGAGGCUCUUGAAAGUACUGGUGCCAAUAUCACCCGCAAUGUUCCACCAUAUGAUGCUUCUGCUACUUCUCCCCAGGAGGCUUACCCACUGGACAAGAUCAUCCUUACGGGAGAGUGGGGUUUCCUUGAAGAUGUUUUUGAGCUUUCGGAAGUGGGAGCAAAAGUACCCCCCAACAGUUACCCAACCUUUGUCUGCAACAGAAUCCAUAAGUUGCAGGAGAUUCAGGAUGAGGCAGAUAAGAGAACGCUUGCUUGCAUAUUCUCAUACAUUACUCACCUUAUAAAGUACAAAGAUCAGCAUUCCAUGGAUGGUGUUUCCUCUGCAAAGGGCCACAGAAUUCCAAACAUUCUAUCCCAGAAGUUCUCAACAAUGUUCGCUCCAGAGUUUAAAAGGCUGUCAGCUGAGAAAAAUGAUCUUCUCAUUAGUUAUGUCUUGGUACUUACUCUAUAUGCUGAUGAAUUCCAAACCUACCCGUCUGAUAUCGCAAAGGAUCUGAGAAUGAGUUCAAUAAAAUUGAGAGUGCAUUAUGAGCAUUUGGGUUGCAAGCCCUCCCGCCAGGGCAACUUGCUGUUAUUUACCCUUCCUUUGCCCCUUCAAUUUCCAGUAAUAAGGCAGAAGAGGCGACGGUAGGAAGAUGAUUUGUCAACUAUUUGUUCUUGUGAUUGUUCUAGAGCAACUGGAAGAGUGUGGGUGGGGGUCUUCAGUAAAAGAAAAUUUUGAUUGUUUGUUAUGAAUUCAGGUUCUUUUGUUCGAGAUACUUUCUUGUGGUAUUGUUCUUCCAACUUAAAACAUAGUUAUAUGCUUACAUCUAUUUGAAUACAAUCAUAAUUUGGCAA